AUGGAUUCGCUGACAGUAAACUGAAGACAUGGAUGCAAUCCUGUAAGCAGCUGGGGAAGGAAAAAGAAAUGUUGCCGAAACAAAUUGCUGACCAUAAUGCUCUCUUAAAGGAGCACAAGCCAAGUGCUGAUGAGGUUGCCAUCUACCUACAUUCACUGACCCAGGACAACGAGCCAGAGUAUGAGCCAGACGGACUCCCAGAGGUGGUCAGAAAAGGCUUUGCUGAUAUUCCUACUGGGAAAACCAACCCCUGUGUUUUGCGCAGAACAGCGCUAAACCUAAAGACCAGUGCCCGUCUUGCUGCUCAAAGCCAAAAUUUGUCACCAUAUGGCCAACGUUUACAAAAAGGCAGGUCAGCUAAUUUUGCCAAGAUCUCUAAACCGACAGCUGGUGGCAGCAAAUCACCAAAGGUAGAUGAUACUCAGCAGUGCCAAGCAGAAACAGCUAUUGAACCCAUGGAAUCUAUCCUCUUCGCUCUUGCGAGAACGGAACAAGAGGAAGUUCUUCUCAUUCCAAGGCCUCGCCCGGGGCUCGAUCUUGGCUGCUUUUCUGAUUCCGUGGGCGAGCCCUCUGCUGUUCGCUUUCCCACCGUGCCCGCUAGUUCACAGGGUCCUGCUAAAACUCUGCAGGGACAGAGCGCACGCUAUCGUGAUCGCUCCGGCGUGGCCUAG